UACACGUGUUUUAUCAACAUGUCAUUUUGAAAGAAAGUUCUAUACUGGCAAAUCAUAUACAUAUAUGGCAUGUUUGUGCGUGCGUAUAUCUUUCCUACAGUAACCUUGAAUGCCCAUGAAACCUUACUUGCAUAGCGGUUCUACCUUCUUUGCGGUUCAGUCACACAGCUCAGUUGUCUGUUCUCGCGUUCGUGUCAUAGUGUUCUCUCAUUUAACACCGAAGGACAGUGAACAAGGAUUUGACGUUUAAGUUAAUGACAGAAAUAAAAAUGAUGAGUGUGCCAGUCAUGAUCAAAUUUGUUACCUAGUCAUGCAUGCUGAGGUAUAACAGCAUGGCCCGAGUGAACAUAAAACACUUGACUCACUGAACUUUAUUGCCCGGGAAAUAAAGCACAUUCAUCAAACAGUUACAUGUAAGAGUUCGAUGUCAACGCCAGUGCGCGAGGAGACGCCCAAUUCCACUCCAGAAAGCGGUUCGCCGAGAGCCGAUUCCUCCACCCUCUUCAUAGGCGACCAAGACGAAGAAGAACCUACUUGUCACACUCGCACAAACGCAGGCGACGCAGACGAAGGCAACGACACAGCUUUGAUCCCUCCCCACGCUAGUUCGGUCAUUCCGGCCAGUCUGCAGGCAACAUUUGCUUCAGAAGCCUCUUGCCUCGAUCUGAAGAGAACCUGCGUGCUUUUGCUAGUCGGUGCUGAAGCCGGGAUUCCCGAAGGAGAUCUUGGCGAACUCCCGACUUCGAAACUCCAAGAAGAGGAAAGAGAAGAAGAAAAAACAGAGGGAGAAACGAGCACAGUCCCAAUGAGGAGCAGAGUAGACGUGCAUACUGUAGUCCUCGAAGGCUUUGCGGAGAUGUCGCAGACAAAAGGUGAUCGCGGAGCUGCGGAGAAGGCAGAGGGUAUGGACACCCAGCGUGCCCUCCUCUCUCUCGUUGCUAUAUUCUUAGUGUCCUUCAGUGCUCUUGCAUUCGUAUACACAAACUUCCCACAGAUGGAUCCGGAAGAGUAUCAGUAUAUAAAGCUACCAACAGAUAUUGAAGAUGCCAAGAACUUAGGUCGUGUACUGUCACACUACAAGAACAGAUAUUACCUGGAAGUGUUAGCUGGAGUCUUUGUGACUUACAUAUUCUUACAAACAUUUGCCAUUCCUGGUUCCAUCUUCUUAUCCAUUCUCUCAGGUUUCCUCUUCAGGUGGGAAAUAGCACUGCUACUUAUCUGCUUCUGCUCGGCUACUGGUGCUUCCUUCUGCUACCUGCUCUCUUACCUAGCAGGCAGACCUGCUGUCCUUAAAUAUAUGCCAGAACGCACAAAGUCAUGGCAAGAAAAGGUUGACAAGCAGAGGGAUAACUUACUCUUCUACAUCAUCUUCUUACGCAUCACGCCUUUCCUUCCAAAUUGGUUCAUCAACAUCACCAGUCCCGUUAUCAAUGUGCCUCUGAUGCCAUUUUGGUUUGGAACUUUUCUAGGUGUUGCCCCACCAAGUAUACUGGCAGUACAAGCAGGUACUACUUUAUAUGAACUAACUUCUUCCAGGGAUGCCUUUUCCUUAACUUCUGUGGUACUACUGGGUCUAGCAGCCUGCCUCUCCCUUGUGCCAAUCCUCCUAAAGAAUCGCCUACGAGAGAAGUUUGACUAGGGCCUGCUACCUUCCUUGGGUCCAGUGUGGAGGUCAAAAAAGCACCAAAAACAAGCCAAGACAUCUGCCGAGAAGUCCGUUUCCUCCUUGUCUCCAUGUUCAUCAGAAAGGGGCGGCCGAAACAAGAGGGUCAGGAGGGCCUUUGUCCUCCUUUCGCGGAGACGGGUUGUCAGGCAGCCGGCUGUGGGGGAGGCCAGUCAACCUGGACCAGCCGUCCUGCAGCAUCACUCGGCUGCCGUGUCACCCGUACACUUGGCAGAGUACAGUGAAGAGCCCAGUGUGGAGAUGGUGAUCAUUGUCCACUCAGGGCACUGAAUUUGGUUUUUAGUUCUUUUAAUCUGUAGUUCAUUUUAUUUGUAUUCAGAUAUAAAUUUGAAGUUAAUGGGAGAUUGAAGUUUCUGCCUACAGUAACUUCUUGAGAUUUUUAUUUUUAAAGAGUAGUGAAGUUCACCCUUUUUUUCUUUCUUUCAUAGACUAGGAGAGAUUGGAGUCAAAUGUGAUGUGUAUAUCAAAGUUUCACCAUUUUCAUGAAUGGAUGAGAGCUGUGGUUAAUGAAUGUAACUCAUGUCUGAUUGUAUGUUAUCUGACAUCUCUCCUAUUAUAUCUGAAUGUUCAAUAAUGUAUGUGUAAUGUUUGUAUGGACAGCAAUGUCUGUCGGAGCAGAUAUGUACCUUCACUAGGAAAAAUAAUAAAUGUACACAAAUAUACCAUAAAGCUUAGCACUUCUCAAUAGACAUACCUGCAACCCCCCCAUCCCUCAUCAUCAAUAGACCCUUCUGUAAGUGAAUGUGUGCCAACUUAUUUUCCAGUAUUAAGAAACUAGUAAUGUUGGAGUGUCACAUUCUAUAGUUGCAAUAAAUUUUCAGAUUUUCCUACCCUACUAAGCAAAAGAUGUUUUACAAACCAUCUCUAAAUUUGAACUCCAGAUUAAGGAGCUUUGUCAAAUAGUGAGGAACUUUUCAUUUAAGUACAUAUAUCAGUAGAGUGAAAAUACUUGAGGCAAAAUCCGUCCAUAUACUUGAUUAAGCUGAGCAACCGAGUUGUUGCUCUAUUUGUCACCUUGAAUAUAUGUGUUCAGAUGAUAUUCAUCAUCAACUUCAAAUAAAUCAAAAUCUUCCUGAAAAUGCAUUUGCAUAUGACAUCGAGUUUAAAUGCAAUAAAUUAUAUUUUUCAUUUGGUUGGUCUGAAGUAAAAAUAUUAAAAGAUCUGUGAUCUGAUAAUAGCAGGGACUAAGAGAAAUAAAUAUAAUAUUUCAUGGAAAUGCAAAAUUAUAGAAAGUACAAUUUGUCUUUUCAAUUAUGAGAACUCAGUCUUUUUUUCUCUCUGAUAGACUUACUCUGAAGUCAAAGAGAAAUUUGUUUAUCAUGAAGUCUCAAACAAAAGUAAAAUGCAAUUUCAAAAUUGUCCUCAGUUCAUAUGCCAAAGCUGGUAUAUUUGUAAUACCCUCUCUUGUGAUAUGUCCACAUGAUCAUUCAAACCUUUGAUAGAGUGUCUAACUUUACUGAUAGACUGCAUUACCGCCACUUUGGACAGCAGCCAAAGUACAUGUAAAUAAAGACGCAAAAGUGUACAGAUAUAUAUGUUAAUUUGCAAUGUGAGAGUGAAUGUAGUGAGAACCUUAUCAGUGAACUUCAUUUAAUUUUCUUUAUCUUAUGGUCCUAUUUAUUUAUGGUUUAUCAACUGGUGCAAAUAGCCUUUUGAAUAGCAAAUAAAGCAGAUCCCUGAAAUAA